AUGAAAGAGGAAAAUUAUUUUUUGAAAAAUAUGGACCUUGAGAAACAUGACGAGCGGAUAAGUGUUGUGAAUACUUGUGAUAGUAGAGGAAAUACCAAUCAGAGCAAUUCUGUGGGUAAAGAGAGCCAGAGAAAUGCAAGUGGAAUAAGAGACCAAGAUAAUUUUAAUAGAAAUGUCAAUGAAGGUGAUUUUAGAAGGAACACAAUCCUGAAGUGCUUUAAUUAUAAUGUAGAUCAAAGUGGUAUUAUUGGGAUUGUUAACCUGUACAAUGGCGAUUUGGAGAAAAAUGUAGGUGAAUACAUACAGAACGCUGCUAACAUGUACGAGAAAAAAAAUAUAAAUGAAAAUCAUAACAAAAGAGAGAAUUGUGGUGAAACUAAUAAAAGUAUCUAUUAUAAGAAUGAUAUUGUUCUGAUUAACAUAUACCUGAAUCCAGAUAAUGGCAUAUAUAAUAAAUAUUCAAAAGAUGGUGAUGUAAAAAGCAUAUUAAGUAUGAUUGAACACGUUUUAAUGAGUAGGGACAACCCAGAAAAAGCAGCUUUAAUUAGUUAUGGAAAUAAUUUAACAGGCAGAUAUUAUCACAUUAGUAAUAAUGAGAAAUUAUUAGAUGUAUUAAAAAAUUCAGAAAUGAGGAAAAACACAGAUAUGUUAUUCAAGUACAUUGGAGUUGAUGAGGAGAUUGAAAAAUCACUUAGAUGUAAUGAAGCAAACCAAAAUGGGGACAGUAUGAAUGAAUUAGGAAAUUCACAAAACCCCACGAAUAACAAAUGUAAUUCUAUGGAACAUGUGAAAAUAGAUCUCUUAUGUUCUGAACUUGGGAAAGGGAAGAAUUACGUGAAUUUGAGUCAGUUGAAACCGUAUCAAUUAAACCUCAUGCAUCUUAACCUGAAUGAGGAGGAAAUGAACCAUGUGAUCCAAAAUCAGCAGAUGAAGAAUCUCCAAAUGAUCGAUACAGUCAAGCCAAAUACAAAAGGUGGUGAGGAAUCUAAUAUCGAGCUGGAUAUCGUGAAGAGACCAACUAAUAGGUAUGAAACUUUUGGAGAAGAGGUAUAUAAUGACAAAGGAGAGAAGGAAAAGCACACAGGAGCAAGAAACCGAAGAAAAAAUGACCAACCCCAUUAUUCCAUUGACAUAGAUGUGCCAAACGACAUAGAUAGUAUAUAUAAGAAAAGACCAAAAAGAACAUAUUACCAUGGCUUUAGUUAUAUUCCGAUGCACGAUCCAAAGAGAGAAGAACAAAUGGAAAGAGAAAAUGAUGAACAGAAUGAGCAGCAAAGAAGGGAGGAAAUGGAGAAUGUGGUAAAAAUGAAGGAAAUGAGGGAAAAGGAUGAAAGGAACGAUACGGACGAUAUCAUUGAAGCAGUCGAAACGGAAGAGACUGAAGAAAUGGAUGAAAUUGAAGAAAUGGAUGAAAUUGAAGAAAUGGAUGAAAUUGAAGAAAUGGAUGAAAUUGAAGAAAUGGAUGAAAUUGAAGAAAUGGAUGAAAUUGAAGAAAUGGAUGAAAUUGAAGAAAUGGAUGAAAGUGACGAAACGGAGGAAAAGUAUCAAAUUGACAAAAUACACGAAAUAGACAAAAUGAAGCAUGCAUAUAAAAUUUAUAGAAUGUGCAGAAUGCACAGAAUGUGCCAAAUGUACCAGAUAAACAAAAUGCACCAUAUAAACAAAAUGAAUCAGAUAAACAAAAUGCAUCAUAUAAAGAAAAGGCAACACACUAACAAAAUAUACCAUGUGAACAAAAUGGACAACUCGAAUCAUAUGGAAGAAGAGAGGAAAAGAAAAAUGUCUCAGAACCAAAGCAACUACACGAGAAAUGAAGAUGAGAACAUACUAAAUGAGCUAAAAAUUCAUAAAGAGAACAUGCAAAUGGAAAGAAAACAUCUACAUGAAGAAAAUCAUGGAUCAAAUAUACUUGGUAGAGACAGAAAUGAUGAGGAAGAUUUUCAGGAAGAAAGAAACCAUGAUUCAAAGAUAAAAAAUGCAAAUGAAAUAUUAUAUGUCAAGAAUCUAAGUAACCUUGCCAGCAAAGGUGUCGUGAAAAAUGAAACAGAGGUGCGAACAGAUAUUUCCCUAACAAGCAAUGAAAAAAAUGUAUUAUCUGAGAAAGAAUUAAUUGCAAAAAAUUUAGAAACUGUUGGAAAUUGUGAGGGUUUUGAAAGUUCUGAAAGUUUGAGUAGUACAGAAAUGGAGGAGUAUGGGGAUGAGGAAUUCGAGAAAAGGGUCAAAAGUGAAGAACUUGUGGAAAAGGAGAAAACAGAAGAAACCAAGAAAAUACACAAAAAUAAGGAACUUAUGGAAAAUUCCGUAAAUGUUGAUGUUCCGGUCAGACACGUAUCUAUAGAUGGAGAAUGCAUGGCAUGUGCCCUUUUUUACAAAAUAAAAAAGGGGUGCAUAUAUUCAGAGGUCCUCAAUUUGGGAUAUAGAACAGACAACUCGAAUAUUCCUCAGACAUAUAGAGAAGAAGGCGAGAGAAAAAUUAUUACGAAUGAUUUCGUAUGUACCAACAGUAAAAUGAAAAAUGAAAACAAAUGCGUUUUUUCAGCAUCUAAACGGAUUAACACAUCGAGAGAUAACUCUUUUGAGUGCACAAAUAUGAAUAUUAUAAAUAGAUCCCAUAUGAAUAGGUUAAAAUGGGACGAUAAUGAGGAAUUGAUUUCCAACAUUUUGAACACGAUUAAAAAGGAGGAAUUUGCAAACAACUUGAAAAGUGGGAAUGCUGGCUAUGAUAAAAUUGAGGGAGUCUCUAUGAAGAGAUGCAAUACUAGCGGAGGAGAAAAUACCAACCACGGUGAUAAUACCAAUCGAGAAAAUCAAAUAAACCAGGGACAUAACAACCCAAGUAGCUGCAUUAAUAGUGACUCAUCUUCAAAAAAUAAGGCUGAAGGAUGUUUCGAUAGUUCUGAGAUUGAAGAAAGUGAUACGGACAAUUACUCCAAGGGAAGUAGCUACAUAAGCAAAAAUGAAAGUCUAGUCGAAAAGGGUAAAGAAGAAAUGAAUCACAGGAAUGUAUCAAAUUCUCGAUUUAUCAAUGCUUGUACAGUUAGCAAUGGAUCUUUUUCAUUGCAGAAUAAUUCAUAUAUUUUUUUAUCUUCUACUCCUCAAAAUCCAUCCAGGUAUUACUCUUUUGAAGCUCCAAUCUCAUAUUAUGAAGAACAAAAAAAAUAUCGAAUGGAAAAAGGAAUAAGUAGGAACAUAUUCCAAGGAUAUCAUCCAAGAAUCAACAUGAAUAAUAUUUUGAUGUAUAACAAAAUAAGAGUUGCACAAAAAUUAGGUAAGGAUGUGAAUUUUAGCUGUUCAAGAGCAUACUAUAGGGAAAAUAAAGACAUGGGAAGAAUAAAUAUUUCCACUAAUAUUGAUAAACAAGAAGAACGAUGGCUACAGAAACUACAAGAGCUGCAAAAACUACAAGAACAUAUUAUAGACGCGAAUAAAACUAUUAAUACUACUGCUGCUGCUAUUCAAAAGAAAAUGAAAAAAUUUUCGAUUGUAACUACAAAGGAUGAGGAAGUUCAAACUGAUAAGUUGGAUUAUGUGAGAAUAAAUUUUGGCUACUUCAAAAGCAGAUGUCCUAUUUAUAGUGGUAUUCCAAGUAAUUCACAUGGACAAUUGAACAGUUUAUGUUUGAAAAAGAAAAAAAUAACAGAAAUAGAUUCAAAUAUAGAAAAUAAAGGCACAAAUAGAUAUAACAAAUAUGUCAUUAGAAAAUUCAAUCAAGGACUGUUGAGGAAUCAUGAUAAUUUAAUAAACGAUAACAAAAAUAAUAACGCAGAUGAGAAGAGAAUAAACAUUUACUCUCAAGAAUUAGCAAACAGUUCACACAGCUAUGUGAAAGAAAUUACAGAAAAUGAUGGAGUAUUGGAAUUAGUUCCACUUAUAAUGAAAGCACAAGAUCAAACAGAGAUAGAAAGAAAAUCCUAUAAUAAUACAGAAAAAAGAAGAAAUAUGUUUUCGAAAUUUCAAAAGAAUAAUAUUUAUUUACAUAACAAAAUAUGGAAUAAUAAGAUGAUGCAUUGUAGAACCAACUGUAACAACCAUGAUUUUGACUGUAACAUGAAAAACGUAGAAAAGAGGAGUGAAAAUUUACCAUACAAUCCUCAAAUGAAUUACAGGAAUGAGCUUCUUUCCAAUAUGAACAAUUUUGGAAAUUUCACCAAUGAUUAUAUGAUUGCACCUAUAAAACAGUUACAUAAUAAAAGGGAAUGUUAUGCAAAUGAAGAGAUUACGAAUACAUACCAUAACACAAAUUAUGGAUUUAUGGACACAUAUAACAUGAAUGUAAAAAGACUGGACACAUUCAACGCAGAAAAAUAUAACAGUAACAUGACUUUUAAAUCCCCCAUUAAUAUAAAAAAUGCAUUCAAUAAUGAGUUAUAUAAUUGUAGAAAGAAUCUGUAUCACAGAAAUUUGGACCGUGGAAACGAACAUUGCGUAGAUGCACAUCAAAUCAAUUCGCGUAAUCACAAAUUCCAUCAGCACAGGGACAAUAUGGUUCACUACCAGCAAAUAGUUGCUUCACGAGCCCACAGAAAUCAAUAUAGAAAUAAUAGUUUUAUUCACAAAUAUAUUCUUCAGGAUGAUAAUUCAUUAAAAAGGGUUUUCAAAAGAGAAAGAGAAGUAUUUGAUUUCAGCACAAAAAGAAACGGAAAAUUGACUACUUAUUUUAAACAUUCAGGUAACCCCCACCAAGAUAUUAUAUUGAGGACACGCACGAACAAUUAUGAGAAUGAAAAUCUGAACACAGGAAGCCAAAAAAGCUAUGCCCAGAUGCAUAAUUUGAAUUAUAACAAUGCACAAAUACGUCACUUGAACAGGAGCAACCACAGUACCAGAAAUGAGAUUCAUGAAAAAAAUAAUAAUCAAAUGUUUUUUGUCAGAGGCCCUAGAGGUUGCAAGAUAUGCUUUGCUCAGCACGCAAGAAAUAGAAUAAACUUAAAUUACGGUGGAAACAUAAGCGGAAAUUUGAGCUACAAUUUUAGAAAUAGUAUAACGGAAAAUAUGAACAAUAAAACACAUUUCAAGACACAUAACAAUUACUAUAAAAAUAAUAUAAUGAAUAAAGGGUAUCCAUAUCCACUACAUAAAUCACAGCACAGUUGUAGAUACAACUGCAAUCUUAUGUGCAAUUGUCUAACGAGUAAAUUGAACUAUGUGCAGAAUAAGGAAUUAAAACAAGUUAACCAUUUUAAUGCAUUUCGAAAGAACAAAUUUCAUAAAAAGAAUUAUGUAUUGAAUAACUUUCAUAUUACACAGAACAACUUGGACAUGGAUCCAACUAACUCGAAAGAGUCAUAA